UGUUGUGGUGACACUGCACGGAGAAGUAUGUGAUUGGUGGUGGUGGUGGUGUUGGUAUAUACGGAGUGUCGUUACUCCAGAAUUUAUUAAGGAUUCACACUACAAAAGCAGUACCAUGGGGCGAAGAAAAAGUAAGCGAAAGCCACCACCAAAGAGGAAGGCAAUUGAGCCUUUAGAUCUUCAGUUCAACUGCCCAUUUUGUAACCACGAGAAGUCGUGUGAAGUAAAAAUGGAUAAAGGACGAAACACAGCCAAAAUAACGUGUAGAGUUUGUCUUGAAGAUUACCAGGCAACUAUAAACUUUUUGUCAGAGCCAGUUGAUGUUUAUAAUGAUUGGAUUGAUGCUUGUGAAUGUGCAAAUUGAUUUAUUCAAUAUGAUUUAAGAAUUGUGUCACUACAUAUUUUGCUAUAAUUGGUAAAGCUGUGAAUGUUGUGAUUUCUGUAGAGGUAUGCUUGUAAUAUAUACUGAUAGUUGAAUAUAUUUACAAAUUUAGUAUACAUUAUGUAAAUAACCCAGAAAUUUUAAAAUAUUUUACAUUUAUUAGCAUUUUCAAAAAAGGUAAAUGUAGUGUGUGUGAAUGUAGAUUAGAUAAAGCUUUUAAGUGACUAGGCAACAGAA